AUGACAGAAGAAAUCACUAUAUUAGUUUCAGACGAAGAUGUCAUUCCAGAACUCGCAGAGCCCUUCAAACGCCAGGGGAACAUACAGAAUAAUCAACUGUUGGAGCAAUUGAAGAGAACCCUUCAGUCUCUGUCUAUUGAGUUUGAGUCUACAGACUCAAUAAAUGACAUAAUUUCUGAUGGUCUUCCUCAAUUGACAGUGGUUUGGAGAAAAAGGGCUGCAAACUCAGAGAUAGCAUUCAAGGGACUGCUCAUAAUACUGGAAUACUGUUUAUCUAAAUCAUUCGAAGCACAUUUAUGUUUCGAGCAGCUUGUGAAUGUUUUAGGAUUUCAUACAGUUCAAUUUUGGAAAUACUCCGUUCCUUAUAUUUUCGAUUCGGACUUGUCAAAAGGAACGAAAUAUCGUGAUUCAUUGCUUUUCUCCUUGACAUUAUAUGAUAUCAACACUGGAAAAAGUCGAUUGAAAGAACUCUAUGCUGCUGUUCCUGGAAUAAGAAAAUCCUUGUUGGGUCAGCAUGCGAAGCAAUUUGGUGAACGAUAUCAUCAUCUUCAACGAAGAUUAUCUCGUCAUAAUUCCUUUAAUAGUAUCAAUAGCAUAGAUAGUUGUGGGGUUGAAAAUGGAGAAGGUUUACAAGGUACACCUGGACGAAGACGUUCUAUUGACUCGAAUGGCAACAAUUCUGAUAACGAAGAUGAAGAUCAUCGAGAAAUUCGUUCGGGAGGCCUAGCCACGAAUCAUUUUCAGCAACGCGUGAUCAAUGUGUCCAAUGCUCCUCCAGUAUCUUUGAAAAGAGAAAAAACGGGUGAUUGGGAGAUCAAGCAAGGAUCUGGUGGUUUGGUGGCAUGUGUUGAUCCAGUAAUGUCUAAAGACCAUGAAAACAUGUGGCUAGCAAAUUUGGGAAUGAAUAUAAAUCAGAAACGAAGAAGUUCUUUUCAAUCCGAUUGUUCGAACCUAGCUCCUUCCACUAACACUCUUGGAUUGCCUCUGAUCAAACAGGCUAUAGCAGAUGUCUUCUUCCAUUUCUUAGCAGAUGACGAGAAAGUUGAAUCUUCUCCUGACGAGAAAGAAGAGCAACAAAGAAAAGCAAGGGAAGAAAUGUCGUUACUUGGAGUACUUCAUAACUACAAUCGAGGGAACUACAAAUUGAAUCCAGUGAUUGUGCAAGAAGACGAUUAUAAUGUUUACUAUGGUGGAAUAAGUAAUGGCGUAUUAUGGCCAGCUCUCCAUAACCUUCCUGAAUAUAUCGUAUCUGACUACGAUAACCCAAAGACUUUGAAAGAUCAUUGGUGCGCAUAUGUGAGGGUGAACUAUCAGUUUGCCAUAGAUGCUGUUAGAAACAGUCGUCCACAGGAUUUCAUUUGGAUUCAUGAUUAUCAUCUUAUGCUCACUGGUAUGAUUAUGCAAUCAUUAGAUCCCAACUUGGAGGUUGGAUUCUUCUUGCACAUCCCAUUCCAACCUCCCGAGAAUUUCUUUUCAAAAUAUGGUACUUGUGGCUUACCAAUGCUUCGAGGCCUUUUGAAAUUCACAAAGGUUGGGUUCCAAACUCAUAGAGACCGAGAGAAGUAUGUUGAACUGGUUCAAAAGUACCUGAAAGGGAUCACUGUUACGUAUGAUAAGAAUACGGACAUCCAUACUGCCGUGCACGAGGGUUGGACCUGCUCUCUUGGGGUUUUUCCUGUCAGUAUUAAGAAUGAUGACUUCUUGAAGUUUGUUCCAUUAGAAGAGACAAAAGCAAUGACAGAAGGAUUUCGUCGCAAGGUGCUCGGUGAAAAUCCUCUGCCUGAUGCUCGUUUCUUCUUCUCUGUAGAACGGUUUGAUUACACGAAAGGAAUUAAAGAGAAACUUAUGGCUUACGAAAGAUAUUUUGAAAAAUAUCCACAACGAAUAGGAAAAGACGUGCUUUACCAGAUUGCUGUGACAAAUCGUCGUUCGGUCGACACAUAUCGUGUAUAUCAAGAUGAAUGUUUAGCUUUAGCUGAUAGAAUAAAUGAUCGUUUCCAAUACCCAGCUAACCCUGAAUGGAAGCCAUUGAUUUUCCAAACUGAUGGACUACCUCGCAAUGAAUUAGUUGCUGCUUACCUAGCCAUGGAUAUAGGUAUCGUUACUCCGAAAAAAGAUGGAAUGAACUUGGUAGCAAAAGAAAUGCUUGUAUGCAACCCAGAAGCAGGACUUAUUCUUUCUACGGGUGCUGGUUCAGAAAUCCAAUUCACUUCUUCUGGUUUAUAUAAAGAUGAUGGGGAAAAAAAUUAUUAUCGUGUCGAUAACCUAUAUGAUGUGGAGGUUUAUGCUGAUACUUUCUAUCAGGCUGCUUUGGAAACACAAGAAGUUCGUAGUAAGCAUGGACAUCGAUUGAAUGAGUUCAUUCUUGCUAAUGACAUUGAAAGAUGGAGCAGCGCUUUCCUCGAUCCAAGUUGGACUCAUCAAGUUAUCCGGCCUCAACAGAUCGAAACGCUGGAUGAUUUUUAUUCUUUAAUGAUGAGAACUUGUAACGUUCGUCGGCAAAUUGUCGACAGAGUUCUUAAAGGAAUUCCGAUUAGAGCACACUUUGCAAUCAGUUUGAGAAAUGCAAAGGAAUCGCUCGAAAACAGUUGUACAUACAAUAAUCAUACUCUCGUUUUAAAAUCGAGCUUUGAUUCUCCAGAUCGAGCUCAUCUCGAUAUCAAAAACGAGCUUGCAGAGUUCGAAAAGGAUUUAUCUUUCUUGAAAUAUGUACAAAGUGAUGAUGUUGACAAUGUGGAACAAUUUGUGGCGGCACAGAGGUUGUUGCGCUCCUACGUUCCUGUGAGAUAA